AUGGCCGAGGGAGAGAAUGCGACGAUUCUGACGUAUGUUCGGGAAAAAGAGGCGGCAAAAGAAGAGGUGAAAAAAAUAGAGAAAGAAUUAGCCGUCACGAAAUCAAAACUAUAUGACGCAAACUUGAAGAUCGACGAACUCAAAGAAAAGAUAAAGACGUUAGAGGCGAGUAAACCUUCCACAAAGUCACAACCUGCAAAGGCAGCAAAUGGCAAAGCUAGCAGCAAUAAUAAAGGAAAUCCCGGCAAAAAAUCCGCACCCCAGAGUCAGGGAAAAAAGGUAGGAGGGAACGCGGACAAAACCUCACUAGCUCCCCCACUAGACUCUGCGACCUCCAGCAGACCGGGGUCGGGCAUAGCCCGUCAUCCCCCAAUAGCUGGCAAAGAAUCCCUCUCACAGGAUUCCGUGGAGUAUUACAGGGAAAUAGGAAAACAAUUUCCAGAUAUUAAGCUUUCUGUCGUUAUGGAUGCAGAGAGUAAAUUUAACCAAGCAGACCUCAACGGAGACGGGCAAAUCGACAAGGAUGAAUUGGACCGAGUUCUGGCCCAUCACGUGGCAUUGUUUACACCUGCCAUGAUCCAGGAACUGAUCAAAGAAAUUGACCAGGAUGACAAUGACACACUGGAAUUCAUGGAAAUCUUAACGAUAUUGGAUAAAAUGGGCAAAAGGAGACAAAAACUGUCCAAUAUACCCACAGCAAUCCAAGACAAUAGUACAAAAGUAUGUGCUAUACAAUAGUGUCACAAAAAUUACCAUACAAACUCAGGACUACAAGCCUAUUCUUUACAACAGUGUCAAAAGGAUUGGCGUACAA